ACAGAGCUGUGCUGGCCAGCUGCUGCUGAGACAGCAGUGGAGGGCUUUGAGCUGGUGAUAGUGCUCUCUUAUGGACUCGGAGCUUAAUGAUGUAUUUUGUGAUUUCAGCUAUGAAAGCUCAAAUCGAAAUAAUUCCCUGCAAGAUCUGUGGAGACAAAUCAUCAGGCAUCCAUUACGGUGUGAUAACAUGCGAAGGCUGUAAGGGCUUCUUCAGGAGGAGUCAACAGAGCAAUGCGGCCUACUCAUGCCCCCGUCAGAAGAACUGCCUGAUCGACCGCACCAGCCGCAACCGCUGCCAGCACUGCCGGCUGCAGAAGUGUCUGGCAGUGGGCAUGUCACGGGACGCGGUGAAGUUUGGGCGCAUGUCAAAGAAGCAGCGGGACAGCCUGUAUGCGGAGGUGCAGAAACACCGGCUGCAGCAGGCGCAGCGUGACCACCAGCAGCAGCCCGGCGAGGCCGAGCCACUCACACCCACCUACGGCCUCUCGGCCAAUGGCCUCACAGAGCUCCACGAUGACCUCAGUGGCUAUAUGGACAGCCACACCCCCGACGGCAGCAAGCCCGACUCAGCAGUCAGCAGCUUCUACCUGGACAUCCAGCCCUCCCCUGACCAGUCCGGCCUGGACAUCAAUGGCAUCAAGCCUGAGCCCAUCUGCGACUUCGCCCCCGGCUCAGGCUUCUUCCCCUACUGCUCCUUUACCAACGGAGAGACAUCCCCCACUGUGUCCAUGGCUGAGCUAGAGCACCUGGCCCAGAACAUCUCCAAGUCCCACAUGGAGACGUGUCAGUACCUGAGAGAGGAGCUGCAGCAGAUGACCUGGCAGGCCUUCCUGCAGGAGGAGAUGGAGAGCUACCAGACCAAGCCCCGGGAGGUCAUGUGGCAGCUGUGUGCUAUCAAAAUCACAGAGGCCAUCCAGUACGUGGUGGAGUUUGCCAAGCGCAUCGACGGCUUCAUGGAGCUGUGUCAGAACGAUCAGAUAGUGCUUCUGAAAGCAGGCUCUUUGGAGGUUGUGUUUGUCAGAAUGUGCCGUGCCUUCGACUCUCAAAACAACACAGUCUAUUUCGAUGGAAAGUAUGCUGGGCCGGAUGUGUUUAAGUCAUUAGGCUGUGACGAUUUGAUCAGCUCCGUCUUCGAGUUUGGGAAGAACUUGUGUUCUAUGCACCUGUCUGAGGAUGAGAUCGCCCUGUUCUCCGCAUUCGUGUUGAUGUCUGCAGACCGGUCCUGGCUCCAGGAGAAGGUAAAGGUGGAGAAACUCCAGCAGAAGAUCCAGCUGGCACUGCAGCAUGUCCUGCAGAAGAACCACAGAGAGGAUGGCAUACUCACCAAGUUGAUAUGCAAAGUGUCAACACUGCGAGCGCUGUGCAGCAGGCAUACAGAGAAGCUGACGGCUUUCAAAGCAAUAUACCCAGACAUUGUGCGUUCCCACUUUCCCCCGUUAUACAAGGAGCUCUUCGGAUCGGACUUUGAGCAGUCCAUGCCCAUUGACGGGUAGCCAGUAGCCCUGCCAGGUGCCAGUGUGGCCACGCGGGGAAUGUCAUAGGGAGCAUGAAUCUGAGACACUUUAACGGUGCCCUGCACAAACCAGGACGGACGGCACACUGCACACUUAUCUAUUUUUCUUU